AGGUCCAGACAGAUGGACCAUUUUUCCUUUCAAUUUACUGAGACAGAGAAGAAUUGAGGACUGAAGCAUGUCAUCACUGUAUCAUUUCCUCCUGAAUGUAUGAAAUCCUAACAGCUUAGAAUCAAGCACAGUUCUUGGCAUACAACAGGAGGAGAUUGAUAGUCUGUUGACUGAGUGAAUGAAUGAAUAAAUAAGGAAAUGAAAUUACUUUCUUCCACUGAAGAAGCUGCCCGCUGGGAAGGAGACAUGAACACUAAUUUUAAAAUGUUGAGUGCUGCUGGGAGGCUAGCCUGCACAGUGAGUCACAGUGGAGCUGUUCUGGACAACUAGGAAGCGUUGGCCAUCAUGAACAACAGGCUGGCAGAAACCAGUGGGGACAGAAAUUUCCAAGGAAACUCUAUUUCUUACGUUGAAGAAAAUACAUGGAAGUCAUACACUUGGGCUGAGAAACUAAUUCUCAGUGACAAUCAGUUGAGUGAAUUACAUAAGGACUCAUUUGAAGGCCUGCUAUCCCUCCAGUAUUUAGAUUUAUCCUGCAAUAAAAUACAGGCUAUUGAAAGACUUACAUUCGAAUCACUACCUUUUCUGCAGUUUAUAAAUCUUGGCUGCAAUCUAAUUGGAGAACUGAGCUUUGGAACAUUUCAGGCCUGGCAUGGAAUGCAGUUCUUACACACAUUAAACCUCAGUCAUAAUCCUCUGACAACUGUUGAAGAUUCUUAUUUUUUCAAAUUGAGAGCAUUAAAAUAUUUAGACAUGGGAAAAACCCAAGUGACACUUAAAACAGUUGAGAGCAUCGUCAUGAUGAGCCCCAAGUUAGAAAAACUGAUUUUACCUAGCCGUAUGGCCUGCUGCCUCUGCCAAUUUAAAAAUAAUAUUGAGAUUUUCUGCAACACAGUCAAGCUGCAUUAUGACUGUGAAUGUCUGACAAACAUCGCAUAUUGUGGUGUUGGAAGCCCAGGAACAUUUCACAGAUGCCCUUGACAGCAGAGUUCCACCAAUAAAAUGUACUUGUGUGAAAUCCGGAGGGUAGAAAGGAGGUGGAAGCCGUUCUUUCCUCCUCUGGGGCGGCAGAUGUACAGGCUGCAUGUUGGCCUCCAUGCACCCCACCAGUCACCAGGCAGCAAUGACCUCAGCAGUAGUUUCCAGAAGUUUCCUGGGUUCUGAGUGGCAACAGCAACUGUGAGUCUGUGGAAAGCAGCUACAGCAAAGUAAACUGAAAGCUAGUGGGGUGCAGUGCCCCCACCCUCAGCUUUCACCACUAGCCCCUCCAAUGAAAAGAACCAAUUGUUUGUAUACAAGCUUUCUGUUUGUUUGUUUGAAAUAUCUACAGUGAUUUCUGUUUUCCUGUCUAUGGUAACUGUAAAAUGUCUGCAAAUUCUUUGAGUCUUUUUUCUUCAAAAGGUUUCAAUGUGAGCUGGAUUUAGUGACUGACUUUUAACCAUUCAUGUUAUGUGACAGAAGUGAUGCUAUAUGCUUUCUGAGGCUAGGUCAUAAAAAGUGUAAUUUCCAUCUGUCUCCCUCUCUGGAUUGCUCACUCUGGAGGAGGCCAGCCAUCACGCUGUGGGGACAUUCAAUCAUGGAGCAUGGGGACAGGCCCAUAUGAGGAGGACUGAGGCGCCCUCCAGCAUCCGGCACCACCGUGGGAGCCAUGUAAGUGAGCAGCACACCUUGAAAGUGGACCUCCAGCCUGUGAAGCCUUCAGAUCUGCAGCCCUGGCAGAGAUCUUGAGACCCUCAUGAAAGACCCAGAGCCAGAACUGCCCAAACUACUCCUGAAUUCUUGGCUCACAGAAAUUGUGAGGAAUAAAUGUUUAUUGCUAUUUUAA